CUCAUCCAUUCAACUCCUGUAGUCAGCAAAACAGCCUGUGUGCAGACUGGCGUGGCAGGCGUCUCCGGCAGGGAUCCCAGGGAGCCGUGAGCUUGCACUGAAGUGAGGCGAGCCAGCCCCACUGCAGCGGCACUAAAUCUCCAGUCUGUCAGCGAGUGGGGGAGAGGACAGGCAGCCCGGACAGGCGGAGGGGAGGGGGAAGCCGAAGACGGAGCGAGCCAUCGAUUCAUUUCUACAACUGAUGAUAAUGGGGAGUUGGUGGGACUCUGCUGCUCCGGAUAAAACUUAAAUAAGAGUGAAGGGCUUUUUUCCCGGACGCCAGGCAUUCUGCUGGCGGGACGAAGGAAAGGUGGGGGCAGAGAAGCCGAUUUGCAUUGGAAAAGGUGACACCAAAGAGGAUUCGAUCCCCACGCUCGGCUCUGCUCUCUGCUGCUGCCCUGUUAGCCCUUCCGAGAGUUUAUUCAUCCUUCUGUCCCUCUCCCUUCUCUCUUGCCUUUUUUAAAUGCCCUCUCUGCACGUCCCUCCACUGCUCGGCAGGUAAACAAGACUCAUGGUCGAUGCCAAGGGGAGGAACAUGAAAUGUCUGACUUUUUUCUUGAUGCUUCCAGAGUCGGUGAAGAGUAGGUCGAGCAAAGGGGCCAAAAAGGGCAGCCCCACGAACUCCAAGUUGCCCCCAGUCUGUUAUGAGAUCAUCACCCUAAAAACCAAAAAGAAGAAGAAGAUGGCAGCGGAGAUCUUCCCUGCCAAAAAGGCGACCUCGGGCACCACUGUCCAGCAGUAUCAGCAGCAGAAUCUGAACAACAACAACACGAUUCAGAGCUGCAACUGGCAAGGACUCUACCCAACCAUAAGGGAGAGGAACGCCGUGAUGUUCAACAACGAGCUGAUGGCAGACGUGCACUUCGUGGUGGGCCCCACCGGGGGGACGCAGAGACUGCCUGGGCACAGGUACGUUCUGGCUGUGGGUAGCUCUGUGUUCCAUGCCAUGUUUUACGGGGAGCUGGCCGAGGGCGACGAUGAGAUCCGGAUCCCCGACGUGGAGCCGGCUGCCUUUCUCGCCUUGCUGAAGUACAUCUAUUGCGACGAGAUCGACCUGAGUGCCGACACAGUCCUGGCCACCCUGUAUGCGGCUAAGAAAUACAUUGUGCCCCAUUUGGCGCGGGCUUGCGUCAACUUCCUGGAGACUAGCCUGAGCGCCAAGAACGCAUGUGUGCUGCUGUCGCAGAGCUGCCUGUUCGAGGAGCCUGACCUGACACAACGCUGUUGGGAAGUCAUCGAUGCACAAGCUGAGCUGGCACUCAAGUCCGAGGGCUUCUGCGACAUUGACUGCAAGACGCUGGAGAGCAUCCUCAACCGGGAGACCCUCAACGCCAAGGAGAUGGUGGUAUUUGAGGCGGCAAUGAAUUGGGCCGAGGCUGAAUGUCAACGGCAGGAGCUGGCACUCUCCAUCGACAACAAACGCAAAGUCCUGGGCAAGGCCGUCUACCUGAUUCGCAUUCCCACCAUGGCCCUGGACGACUUUGCCAACGGUGCCGCCCAGUCUGGCGUGCUCACCCUCACCGAGACCAAUGACAUUUUCCUUUGGUACACGGCAGCCAAGAAACCAGACCUAGAGUUUGUCAGCCAGCCCAGGACGGGUCUGGUGCCUCAACGCUGCCACCGGUUCCAGUCCUGUGCCUACCGGAGCAACCAAUGGCGUUACCGUGGACGCUGCGACAGCAUCCAGUUUGCGGUCGACAAGCGCAUCUUCAUCGCUGGCUUCGGUCUCUACGGCUCCAGCUGCGGGUCAGCGGAGUAUAGUGCCAAGAUCGAACUGAAGCGCCAGGGAGUUGUACUGGGUCAGAACCUGAGCAAGUAUUUCUCAGACGGCUCCAGCAACACCUUCCCUGUGUGGUUUGAGUAUCCGGUGCAGAUUGAGCCAGACACGUUCUACACGGCCAGUGUUAUCCUGGACGGCAAUGAGCUUAGCUAUUUCGGCCAGGAGGGUAUGACGGAAGUCCAGUGUGGGAAGGUGACCUUCCAGUUCCAGUGUUCCUCGGAGAGCACCAAUGGGACGGGCGUGCAAGGCGGACAGAUCCCAGAACUCAUCUUUUAUGCCUGAGUCUCUGCUGUCCUCCAAUCGGUUUCGGUACCGCUCCAGAGCUGUGUUCCUGCUCACCUGAUCCUGUUUAGUGCACAACCGCUGUCACACUUCCGUUUUACCGUGUCUGUCAAACCGAGCAGAGAAAUGAGAAAUAAUCCUCAUUACCGUGCUGUGCAUUGCUCAGUUUUCCGUGCACCUGUGACACAUGUGGGCCUUAGUGGGCGUAAGUCAGGGGUAACGAUAUACACAGGUUCUCCUAACAUGUAACACUAAACGCAAGGAUACACCACAGCCCUGGGAAUCUUUACGUAUAAGUGUGUGAGUCCUAAGUACGAGUGUUGGCCCUGGAGUGGAUGAACAGUCACUGGUGAGUUCAUAAGUCCGAUGGAAAACGAACAGUACAGUUAUGUCAGACAAAAACACUGAAACGCAUUCAAAAAACAUUCUUACCACUUCACUCGUACAUAAACUAUGAAACUCCUCCAUUCAAUUCUCUUCUUCUCAGUUCAGUCUCCACCUUUAACACCUGAGAUGUUUAAAUGAAAAUGCGUCUUAGCAAUAUCACGCAGAACUGGUCUAGCGAAAAGGAGAGUGCGCCCCCAGGUGUACUGGAGGUCAAAAUACACAAGUGGCUUCCAGGGCUUCCUUUUGUUGUCCUAGAUGUUUCAGGCUCAACAUGUGUCAUGUUACACACUAAUUAGAUACUUCUCUAUCAAAUCAACUUUUGUUGUCUAUUUAUAAUGACACUGUUAUGAGGUACUAACAUUUAGGGAGUGAUGAAGGCCAUUCUCACUCCAGAAGAACUUUAAGUAGCGACACAAUUAGCUCAGGUCCAUCGAGACCUAUUUGUAGGUGUGUAUAUUUAAUGUUAAUCUGAGUGCCCCUCUGUGUUUCAUUUAACUAAUGAUCUGACAUAUUUAUGGCAUAUUUAUAACGAUCCAUAGUCUUUAAGAAUUACAUGUGUUUUAGUAAAAAAAAAAAAAUUAUAAAUAAAUCACAAAGCAUGGCUUGAACAUCUGCCCGUCUAUAAAUGGGAUACUAAAAGCAUUAAAACUAUAGCUAUAUAUAGUCUGUUAAAUGGAAGAUAUAGGGCACUUUUUUGUCCCAAAGUUGUUCAAUAUCUCAUUUUUUGGGGCGUAAUGGAGAAAACUAGGAAGGAUAAAAAUGGGACAUGGGUUGACUCAGUUCUUAUGAACUGAAGAGUAGGUUUCUGGAGUCGUAUGUCCUUAAAUAGGAAUAGGGCAGCUAUAAAUUCGCAAAGCUUCCACGGGCUAGAAAACUGCACUGUAACGGUGAAAGCCUGCUUGAACCAGGCAUGUUAAGCGUUAUUUUGAAGCCGUCGCAGCCACGGCGAAGGCUGAUCUUCAGCUCCAUGGCCACCCUUGACCUUCGAGCCUACGGGCCCAUUCCUCCUUGCUGAAGUGUGGACUAAGGUGACCUUUCUUAGACCGAAUACGCUGCUUGUUUUGGCUGUUGUCCUGUGUCCUCAAAGCUUCUGCCAGCUUUUUCCACACUUAUUGCCUGUUAAAUGCACUAAAAACAAACGGCUGUAGUGAAUCUUUAGACCUAACUGUGGAUAUUAUAUAUGUACGUGAGAUUUAAUAUUUUCCUUUUGGGGGGUGGAAAAAAAAAAGUGUCAAAAGCUAUAGUCAGGUGAAGAACUGUCCAAUGAGCUGCUGGUCUGGGAAUAUGAGACUGUGGAUGAACACAUAGCUGCAAUUUGUUAAUGACUUAUUUAAUGUGCAGUUUUUCGACAGCUGCAGAGUGAAUAUGUUGCACACUACUGUACCGUGCUAAUUCUGUUAGCUCUAAAGUCCCGUUGAAGCAAUCGUAUCAAUGUAUACUGAGGUUAAACAAGAAGAAUUAAAUGGACUGCAAGUCUACACCUAUUAUUUCUCGUCGUUUCCCGUGGACCUCCAGUGGGCUGCUUCGUGUCUUUAUUCAAAGGUGAGAUGGAGCAGUGUUUCCUAGAGGGGGCGCUGUGUGGAAAUGCUCCAUGGCCAUCCUAUAGGAGGUGCCGGGAGACUUGUGAACGUUUGCACCUGUCUCAGAAGCGAAAUAAAAGCAGGUCCUAUAAUUGCCUUUGUAAUGGUGUUCAUUUAGGGGAGGGCGGGUGGAUCAUGACUCAAUAUUCUUGCA